AUGACUACAAUCAGCUACAGAAUAAUUACGAGACUCGACGAUAGACGGAGGUCGAGAUGGUCGACUACGCGAGUUGAAGUAAGUGAAGAUGAUGUGCAGGUUCUGCAGCUGACUGCAGCCUCAGUUACAGCGUCAGCCACAGCCAUCUGGCGGCCCUACCAGCAGCCAGCAGCAUCGAACUGCAGCUUUGCCACUGCGAAGAAGAAGAAAAGACACCGCAGAUGCAGGAGAAGAAGCAAAAAAAAAAAAAACAAGAGGCAGAAGAAGAAAGGAAAAGAAAAAAAAAAAAGAGGAGCGGAAAGCCACCCCGUCUGCUGGUACAAUCCCUCUGCACGACUCGCUUGCCAUGGAACAGACCCCGGCUGGCUGAAGGAGGAGGAAGAACGAAGCCCGCCCAACCUGCUCUGGCUCGAGCUGUUUGUCCGGUUCAGCUGGAAAGCGGACGGGUUGGUCCAGUGGCAGCUCGUCUCAUCCGCACUCGCCCUCGGUUUCAGCAUCGGCCCUGUCUGUCUGGCCAAAGGAGAAAAAGGCAAAACAGGCAGGGCACAAAAGGCAAAGCACAGCAAGGUGCAGAGUGGAGGCGGGCCGGUCCAGCCAGAGAACGAUAGGGAAAAAAAAGGGCGAAAGAAACGAGAGCGAAGAAAAGGGAAGGAAGGAAAAAAAGGAAAAAGGACGAAGAAUAAGAAUAAUGAUUAUGAUUAUGAUCAUUAA